AUGGCUCACGAAGUGUCUCUUUCGAUCGAAGAAACCAACAAGCUAAGACUCUCCUUAGGCUUGAAACCUAUUGUGGCAGAUGUUACAACGCCGGCCAAGACAGAAGAGGUAGCGACUGUAAGUCAGAAAAGUUCAAAGGAAGGUGUCGAUUAUGAUAAAAACAAAUUCAUUGAUACAAAGCUUUCAAGACUGCGAUGGAAUUUGAAAAGAGCACAGUCAAAAGCGAAUGACGCUACACUCUUGGAUGAUGAUGAGGACGAAAAUCAACAGGAUUGGCUCACAAACGUGGGGUAUAACAAAAAGAAGUCAAAUCCGAAACUGGACCAAGGGUACUAUGAUGAAGUCGAUGAAGAAGAUAGAAAUCUCAGUAAUAAUGAUUCUCGAGUAAAAGUCUCACAUCGAAUGUCAGAAGUCUUACCUGGCAAGAAUGUUAUAUUAACACUCAAAGAAUCAAAACUAGAUCCAGAUGAAGAUGAAGACGUGCUAGUGAACGAGGGCAUGAUACAUGAUGCCCAACAAGCAAAGAACGUAGAGCUAAAACGGUUAAACCAAGACAGAAGGCGCCACAAGGUCACCAUCGGAAAAGGCAGUCUCGAAAGCGAGCACUGCAAUAGCGAAGAGACCGAAUCUUCAUUUCAUUUAGUAAACGGAAAGAUAGUCGAAGCCCAACUCGACAUCAAAAACCAAAAGGAGCCUGAAGACAAAAGAAAAGUCAUACUCGAAGAAGAUGAGGAGAAUGAGGAUAACCUAACGUCAGACUUUGCACCAAUAAAGAUAAAGAAGCGCAAGAAAUUCAAUGGUGGAACAACAUCAAAUAAGAGACCUCGACCGGUGUCUCAAGUUACUAGAGUGGCCCUAAUUGAUGAAGACACCAUCGACCCAGCUGAAGAAGAAUUUCAGGGCUAUCUCCAUGUAAGAAGACCUAGAAAAGACGGUAACGAGGAGAUUAGGAAUAGUGCAGAGGAUAUAGCCAAAGAGGUGGGGCAAGAGAAACAAGAGAAACAAAAGCGCGCCUUGCUAAUAGCUAAAAUGAAUAACACCAAAUGCAUCACAGUAGAUGAAAACAGCACUUUUCUCUCCUUAUUAAAGGAAGACUUGAUCCCCAAAAAAAACGAAACAGAGAUGUUCCAGAAAUUAGAUCUAAAAGCAGCAAUAAGCUCAACCAAAGAUCAAGAAGAGAAACCAGAUUAUUCAAGCGAUGGGGGGAUCGAAAAUGAUAACGAAAAAGAGAAUUCCAAAGAUGAUGGAAAUAAGAUAGAUUUCCAGGAUGGAUUGGCGUCGAUUCUGGGAUUUUUAAAAGACCGUAAUGCACUCCCAUCGCAAGUAAGUAAUCUUGCCGCUGCAGAAGCAAGCUUAAAGGAACAGGAGCUUAUGGCGCUAAAGCAAAAAGUCGAGGCCCGCGAAGCCCGCGAAAAACUGAGCAGAGAAUUAACGAUGGGCAACGUGCGGUAUACCAAGGAUGAGCUUGAAAAAAUAAAGCAGUCCCAAGAACAAAAGAUCAAUAGCCAGUUUCAAGGUUUGCAAAAACAAAAACUUGCCUCUUACAACCCAGAUGUUAAGCUUACGUAUAAGGACGAAAAUGGCUACGAGCUCACCACCAAGGAGGCUUACAAAAAGCUGUCACAGGCGUUUCACGGCACACGUUCCAACCGCAAAAAGCAUGCCAAAGCGCAACAGAAAGUGGAGAACAGAAACAAGCAAAAUAAUAAUUACGUAGGUUAG